AUGCGAAUACGUCAUCCAAGAUUCGACAGUCCAAAUCAAUCACCAUCAACAACUAAUGAAAUGAGGAAACAUUUGUUAAAUUCAUCACAGGGAUCGUCUAUUAAAAUGUCUGAUUCACAACAAUGUAAAUCAAGACAAAGUUCACCUCGUUUAUCUUCAACCGAUGGUCAUGUAUCAUCUAUUUCCGGUAUGUCAGAAUCAUGUGAUGAUCCAACUAAUACAUAUCUUAAUCCGGAUUUCACUGAUCCACAAUUAAUGACAAAAGUUUUUGAAUUUGGCGAAUACCACGGUUCUGGAAUCAGAAUAUCACAAAAGUGGAAUAAUAGUCAUGUCAUUUGUACAACAAAAAACAAUUCGAUCAAUAAAUAUAGAUUGUGUCAAAAAAAUAUUGAAUCAGAUAUCAUGAAUUAA